GACUACAAGCGACAGCAGCGGGAACAACCGCUAAUUAUCAAUGGCGCGAUGACGCGACGCCGUACUACAAAUGGCGGGUAAUGAAACAGCUGUUCACGUCACCGUCAGCUCGACAUCUAGCGGAGCGCGGGCGCGAUCCGGCACGCGUCGGCGACGACGUCGACGUUGGGUACGCCGCGGCGAGGAAGCGCGUGGUCGAGGUGCUGGAAGAAGGGCUAGAACGGCGGUGUCCGCUGGUGACCUGUCCAAGAGGAACAUGGCUGCUGGCUGCUGUGGCGCGAAGAAGCAGAGGCUGGGUGGCGGCGGUGGUGGCGCGGCGCCGAGCUUGUCGCCGUGCGACGGCACCGCCAUACGGCACGGCACUUCUCAACUGAGAAAGCCCGCGGCGAUCGCUCAACCGGAGAUGGGCUUCUUCUGCUUCGAUGUGCUCUACUGCCAGCUACACCAGCUGGACCCGCCGAAGGCGCCCAACUUCAUCAACGAAGCGUUCCCUUUAUUUGUGACAUGGACAAUAGGAAAAGAUAUGAGAUUACGAGGUUGUAUUGGUACUUUUAACGCGAUGCACUUACAUGCUGGGCUACGCGAGUAUGCUACAACUAGCGCAUUCAAAGACUCUCGAUUUAAUCCCAUAACUCGAGACGAGCUGCCGCGCUUGCAUGUAAGCGUGUCGAUUUUACGACAUUUUGAGGACGGGGUUGACUAUUUAGAUUGGGAAGUGGGUGUACACGGAAUUCGCAUAGAGUUUCACAAUGAGAAGGGUAACAAGCGGACGGCUACUUAUUUGCCCAGCGUAGCUAUGGAGCAAGGAUGGGACCAGAUACAAACGAUAGAUUCUCUGCUACAUAAGGGUGGCUUCAAAGGCCUAGUCACACCCGAUAUCCGUCGUAGCCUGAAACUGACUCGCUAUCAAAGCGAAGAGGUCACCGUGAGCUAUCAGGAUUACAUGACGCAUUGUCAUAAUCGGCGAUGCUAGCAGAUCGCCUGGGGUCCCAGCCAGGGAUCCCUGUCCCAACGAUCCGUCGAGGCUCGUUACAACAACGUGCAUACUGUCAAUUCGUCUCAUUUGCAAAACGAUAGCGCUCGAUAUAAUUCCUUCGCGUCUGGACAACAGUGCUUGCAAAUUGUCACGCAACCAAAUCGCUCGACUUUCAUACAUCCAUUACCCUUACCUCCGAUUACUCCAGUUAUGAUACCGAUACGUAACAAUCCACCCUUUUGGUGGGAUAACGCGGGUCCGUCCUAUUUGCCUGCACCGCUUUAUCCUAGACCACCGCAUCGUUUCUUAACGCAGGAUACUGCGGAGCGCGGGGUACGUAAGCGAAAAUGACAUUGGAGGCGGUUAUUUCUCGCAAUUUUCCAUUGUUUAAAAUGGUGCGUGUUUCUGUGUCUUAGUGUACACAGCCUCCCGCUUAUGGUACCGCAUGCCCCGUCUUGAGGCUAAUAAACCGUAUAUGACGGCAUCGUUUAAUUGUAUUAAAAAUCACAAGUAAUAUAACAUAAUUUUAAAAAAAGAUUUCAAAUUUUACUAAAAUUAUAUUUGCAAUGAUAUAUGUUUCUUAAAUAUUUCAGUAUUAUAUUAAAACAAUUUUGUCAAUUUCGGGUAUUUAUUGAUAAAUAAUAAAAAGCUUAGUCAUAUUAUUCAUUUUUCAAUAGCUAUACUAGUCAUUAAUUCUAUUUUUUCUCAUAAAUGCAUUCAAUUCUUUCUUCGUUAUAACAAUUAGCGUUGCCACCAUAUUGCGAAAAAUCGGUAUUUGUAUCAAUAAUAUAAUGACAAUGAACGUUUUUAUAAAAGACAGUGAUUAUAUCUAAAAUUCACUGCCUUUCACAUGAUAUAAUGUACAAAACGAUGUCGUGGAAUUAUUCCAUUUUUUGCACAAUGUACAUGAUAUAUAUCAUCCUUAUAUACAUCAAGUAAAAUGGGAAAAAUUUGAAAGUUUCUAAUCAGUGUAAUUUUUUCUAACGUUCUACGUUAUAGAAUGUUCUAUCUACAUUAUAGCAUAAGUUUGCAUUACGAAAAAGGAUUUAUCUUGUUAAAUAUAUUUUAUCAUGAUAUAUCAGUUACGCAUUUAAUCACAUAAAAAAAGACAGUAAGUUUAACAUAAAUUUUCUGUGGUUAAUUGUGAUUUAAUUAUUAAAGUAUAACAAGAAAUUAUAACAUAUUAGAAAAUAUUAGACAGUAAGUUAGACAUAAAAGUAAAAAGAAAAGUAUAUAAGAUCUCAUUGUGGGUUUGUGUUAUUCAUUGAUAAGUUAUAAGUAAUUUCGUGAUAGUUGCACCAUUUGCAGUAUUUGAUGCAUCUAUUAAUAUAUUUCGCAAAUUUUAAUUGUAAUCUCUCAAUAUUGCGAUAUAAACUAAAUUAAUGACAUAUUUUUCGACAUUAGUUCUACUUCCCUUGAAUUGCCAGCUAUUCUUAAUAGCGGGCUUUAAACACUGCCAGUUUAUUCGCCCUUUUGCUUCGUUUUUAUACUAAUGAAGUAUUCGUUAGAAAUAAAUGAAAAUUGUUAUUGUAUCUUAUCUUUGUUGUGGUAUGCGCUAUUCUUCGUGUUUAUCUGUGUUAAUACUCGUUAUUAUUAUUUACGUAAAAUUUGCAUCGAUAAUAAUUAGCGAGAGUUCCUGAAAUCUCUUGCCUUUUGUGAAUCUCGGCAUAAAAAAAAAACGUCCAACGAACUGCCACACAUGUGUCGAUUCACGUAUGCGCUUAUCUGGCCUAUGGAACUCCGUUUGUGUAAUGAACAUUACUAACGAUUUACACGCAUGAAUGAUGCAUUUUUCAACAGUGAGAACGAUAAUAAUUUUAUUCAGCGUUGUAUAAUAAUAUUUUAUGAUGUAAAAGUGAAUUGUAUUCGUGUUUAUCGAAGAGUUUGUCGAAAACAUAAUAAAAUAAAAAUACACUUACUUAAAAGUCAGUCAUCGAUGUUAUCACAAUGCAAUUAAAUAUUCUAUAUAUAAUCGUAUUGAACAUAUUUAAAAUCAUAAGCAUACGAAUUUGAUGACUGAAAUUUCUGUAUUUUGUGAGACUGCCACAAAAAAAUCUACUCUCUUCGAUGUACGUAUUUUAUAAUUGCGUAAAUACUUUGCACACGUACAGUUUAUGCUGUACUUUAAAUCUUUCUCUCAAUAAUUAAUAUAAUGUAACAUGAAAUUGCACGACGGAAAAAUAUUAAUAAUUUCCAAAGCAAAAGGUACUUGUCAGAUUAAAAUUUAUUAUCGUACUUGGCAUCAUAUCUGAUACUAGUGUAAUAUUAAUACGAUAUCAAGCGAGUGUAUGGUCACUUUGAUUGCAUUUGUAAAUUAAUAACAUAGCGAAACCGACAGGUUAUUCAUUAUAUAUUCAUAAGUCGAACACAGCGAAUAUACAUAUAUAGCUCUCUCUUGUUUCCCUUCCCCCUCUCACCUUCUCUAAUUAAGAAAUCAGUAGAAUUCAUGCAAAAAUCACGUCUAGGUAUUACAAUUUUUAUUGCAAUAAAAAGAUAAAAUAAACUUUUAUAUUGUCAUAA